AUGAAGGUACUGAUUGAAAAUAAAAAUUGGUCUGCAAAAGAUGCUGAAACUAUCAAACAUAUUUUCAUCUAAUUGAAGUUUGAUGAAGAAAAAAAGGGAAUAUUACAACAGCAAAUACAAAAGAUUAAAAGUGCAGAGAAAGUCAUAAAAUAUCUUCUGGAUUGCAAUCAAAAUUGGAAUGUCUUGUAAUCAUCAAUUCAGAAGGAGAUUUCCAACGAUGCAGAAUUGGAAUAGUAACAGUUAAUAUAAUAAGUAUCAUCGAAUCAGUUGACCAACAUCAAAACAAAAAUUUCAUAAAAAAUCAAGUCUCCAAGUUAAAUAGAUAGUUUCAUAUAAUACAUCCAAAAAGAAAACUUCAGCUAAGAGGUUAUGUGUAAAGCCUUAUGUUAAGAAUUUAAAUCUAUUCAAGAAUUGUAGUAAAUUAUUUUCAAUAUAAAAUGUUAAAAAAUGAAUUUCACAUAAUGUUUCAUUAAUUAAAACAACCAAACCCUUAACAGGAAUAAUCCAGAAUGGUAUGAUUAAAUUUAAGAACUUUAAAAAGAAUUUCAAUCCUUAAAUAAUAGAUUAAAUAAAUAAAACUUUGAUCAUCUUUCGGAAUUAUACAAUUCCAUUCAAAAAUAUCCAAGAGCAUACUCAUAAAGUGAUGACUUUUCUAAAUCUCCUAAUUUGCAAUUGGGAGAUUUGCUACUUUUAUGUGCCAGAGUAUAUGAGCAUUUUUCCUUCUAUCCAAGACCGGUUCAAGUGUUAUCAGUUUUAGAAUUAUAUAAUCAUAAUAAGGAUAAGGGAAGGGUUGCUUAAAUAUAUACUGGAGAAGGUAAAUCUUUAAUCAUCGCUAUGCUUGCUAUAUUAAUAUGUAAAAAGAAAGAGUAAAGUGUGGAUAUUGUAACUAGUUCUCCUGUCUUGGCUAUACGAGAUGCUUAAGAAUUGGCCAAGUUUUAUGAAUUAUUCAAAGUAUCAGUAACUCAUAACAUACAUAAAUCAAUUGACUAGAAUGUAAGAAGGGAUUCUUGCUAUAAUUUCUAAGUUAUUUACGGAGAUCCCCAUAGCUUUUAGGGUGAUAUAUUAAGUCAUGAAUAUACUGAAACUGGGAUUAUGAAAGAUAGGAAAUAAGAAUAUAUUAUAGUUGACGAAGUUGAUUCUAUGCUUAUUGACGGGAAUAGUAAUAAGACAAUAUUAGGCUCCUCUAAUCCAGGAAUGCUCGAUUUAACAAAAGUUCUUAGACUAAUUUGGGAUGAACUUUCCAAAGUAGAGAAACAACUUUCAACUGAUAUGAAGGUCAUGAUGAUAGAUGGAUAAGAUUAUUAUAGUGUUGAUUUGUAAGAAUAUCUAGAAAAUACAUUAAGCAUUUAGAUAUAAGAUGUCUUAAAAACCUAUCUACCGAGAUUUCGAUUGAAUUAUAUUAAUUUUAUGAAAAAGAUUUGGAUUGAAAAUGCUAUCCAGGCUAAAUUUUAUUUGCAUGAAAAGUAACAUUACCUUAUUGACAAUUAAAUUCGAAUUAUUGAUUUCUAAAAUACAGGUGUAGUUCAUAAGGUUGAUAUGUAAUGGUAGAAAGGGAUACAUUAAUUUCUGUAAUUGAAGCACAAUCUUCCUAUCACUCCAUUAAGAAUUAGUACAAACUUUAUGUCUAAUGUAAGUUUCUUUAAAAGGUACAACCAUAAACUCUUAGGCCUUACUGGAACAUUAGGUUCAUAAGUUACUUAGGAUUUGUUAGCCAAAUAGUACAAUAUUGACUUUGCAUUCAUGCCUCCUUAUAAAAAAAGGCUAUUAAAAGAGGAAACUGGUAUAGUAACUCAGAAUAAAGAUGAAUGGUUUCAAGAGAUAUUAAAAGUAGUUGAAUUGUAGAUGAGCUAAGGGAGAGCUGUAUUAAUUAUCAAUUAAACUAUCGAUGAUGUUAACAAAAUUGAAGAUUAUUUAAUGAAACAUAGUAUAAAAUCAAUCACUUAUGUUGAUGAUGAUUAAGAAUUAAAAAAAGAAAUUGGUCCUUAAACGAUUAUUAUUGCUACAAAUUUGGCUGGAAGAGGAACAGAUUUAACAACUAAUGAAGAAUUAGAGAAGAAUGGAGGUCUUCAUGUUAUCAUGUCAUUUUUACCUCGAAAUAUCAGAAUCUAAAAUUAAGGAUUUGGUAGAACUGCAAGAUAAGGUAAAUAAGGCACAGCCUAACUUAUUGUUUAUUUCCAUUCUAACCUUUAUCUUGGCUCAAUAAAAGAAAUUAACACUGUUCCCGGUGCAAUAAGAUAUUAUCAACAAUAGAAUUAGAGAUUCUAUUCUACAAAUUUAGACAUCCUAUUAUUUUUUAGAGAUUUAAAUGAGUAAUAAUACUCAAAAGAAAUUGAAGAGAGAAUGAAUAAGUUAUAGAAUGAAGAUAAAUGUUUUUAAAAGUUUUGUGAAAUCGCUAAAAAGUAGGUAAGUAUAAAAACAGACAAACCUGCUUUUCGAGCCUUAGAAGAAAAAUGGGGGCUUUAUUUGGAAGAACAUCAAGAUAAUGGAUUGAAUGAAGAUGACAUUGAAGAAAAACUAAAUUCUGAUGAAACCUAAAAUCCAAAAUAUUUGGUUUUAUAAGGAAUCUAAAAGGGAGAUAUAAAGCUGUUCUAAAAAGCUACUGAAAUAGCAAUUAAUGAUCCUCACCCUGAAUAUUUUAAAGGAUGUUAAUAAAUAUUGAUGGCAAAUUACAAAGAAGGAGCAGAAACAUUGAUAAAAGCCAGACAACUUUUCCAAAAUAAAAUUAAUGAUGAAUAAGGCUUCUUAACUGUUUCUAAAUUAAAUAAAUUUUAAAUUUAGUCAACCUAAUAAACAAAAUAAAAGCCAGAUUUGUAAUAAUCAGAAAGAAAUAUUUCAAAUGAUAAAAUUGUAAUGCCAAAGUUAAAUAUAACAGGUGAUUCAGAAAUUCAAAAUAAAUCCGUCUCUCAAAAUAAGUAAAAAAAUGACCAAUUAGAUGCCCUUGAAUAGAAAAUAAAAAAUCAUAAUAAAGUAUAUUAGAAAGCAAUAGAUAGUAUUGAUGAUAUUCUAAAUACUUUGUAAACCAAGUUGGCUAGCGAUGAACAUUUUGAACUAGGUUGGAUACCAGUUAUUAGUGAAAGUGAGGAGAAAAAUGCAGAAUCAGAACAAUAUAUUAAAGAUUAAUAAGAAGUUGUAGAUGAUGGACCAUUGCCUAAACUUGGGAGAUUGUAUAGAAUUAAAAAAAAGAAAAGUAUUUUUGAAUCAUUUCUGAUGUUUUUCUUAGGAGCAGCCUAAUUAGUUAUUGGUUGUGCUAUGUGUGUAUUUACUUGUGGAGCAGCCUUACCUCUAGCUCGGACUCUGAUUGCAGAAGGAAUUUCAGAUAUGGUUUAUGCAAUUAAAUCAGCAUGGUAAGGAAUUGAUAUUGAUUGGGGAGCUUGGGGAUAAAAUAAAGUUAUUAAAAUUGCAACAACUUUAGGUUUGGCAGGACCAGAUUGUAUCAGGGAAGCUUUGAGAUUUGGAGGUUCUAUGAUGAAAUCAAUUAAGAAAGUUGAAAUGUCUGAGUUUAUAAAAAAAAUCCCACCUGUUACAGUUGAAGGAUUGGAAAAGUCGUGUUUUUGGUUGACUCAACAUGAAAAAGUGAAUAUAUCAAACUAAUAUGAAACAUUGAGACAAAUCUCUGAUGUUACUUAGAAUGCUUACUCUUAAACUUAGAUACUUAAAUUGGCAAACGAAGUUCUUUGUAAUUAAGUAAAUUUAAAAAACAUCAGUUAAGAAACAUCCUCUCAAAUUCUUGAUUUGGUUAAAUUAUGCUUCUAAUAAUCUAACUCUAGUGUUGUUGGUUUUAAAAAUACUUUUUGUUAAAUGGCAUAAAAUUACAUAUAAUUAUAAAUAGCCAAAAGCAAAUAGGGUAAUGAUAUCACGAAAAUUAAAGGUGAUUUAAUUGAAAUUUGUCAGAGAGAGAGUGAUAAAAAGUAUAAUAAUCAUGUUAAAAAUGAAAUUUAGUCAUAUAACCAAUAUAAACAAGCUCUUAAUAAUGAGUUAAUAUAUUUCUCUGAUAUAAUUAUUGAAUGCUAUAAAAAAGAUGAAGAAAUUCAAAAGUAAAUAUUAGUUCUUGACCUUUUUUAUGAGAAAUUAUGUGAUCAAUAAAAAGUAAAACAAAUUUUUACAAAUAAAACUAUAUAGGCUAAAAUUAGGUAGAACUUUAAUAUUCACAAUAAGCAGGUUCAAAAUGCAUGCAAGAAACUAUAGAUGUCGAAUUCUCAUUCGACUAGAUAGUUUUAUUAAUUAGCUAUAAGACCAAGCAUUUAAUAAUUAUGCAGUGAACUAAAUAUAAAAGAAUACACCGAACCACUAGAAAUAAUACUUUAAGUAGAAUUUAUUAAUCAAUUAAAACAAAAAGGUGAAUAUUUUAAAAUUAUGACUGAAAACUUAACAAAUUAAAAAUAGAGUAUUGAGACUUAAGUUAACUAAAUUAAGGGCAAUAGGUUUGCAUAAUUGUACGAUGUAGAAAGAGUUCAACAGGUAUCCAUAUAAUUAUAUCAUUAGUUGAUUCACAAUCAUUAAACAUAAAUAGAUUCAUUGAAGCAACAAGCCUAAUUUAUUAAGGAAUUAGGAGGUUUUGAUUAUUAAUAUUAUUUGAAAGAAAUGGUUAACCAUUUCAAAAAUAAAGGAAUGCUCAACAAUAAGGAAAGUAUAUUUAUUCAAGAGUUGAAUAGAUACAUGAUGACCAAGAGAAAUUUUAGCACUCUCUUGAAAGAUUUUGUCAUCUAAGUUUUUAGAUGCAGUCUUAGUUAAAUAUCCACUAUACAAUUAAGAAAUAAGAAAAUACUAACAAAUAAAUUACUAUUGGCGAUAGAAGUUGAAAUUAUUGAUGAGGUCAAAAAGUACCUAUUUGAUUCGAGGCUAUAGACAUUAGAGAAUAAGAUUGCAAAUUUAAUAAAUUGA